AGCGAGCGCAGGGCGCGAGCCGGGGCUGCUGGCGGCCACGCAACUUCCGCUCCUUGAGCUCCCGCUCCCAGCGCGCGCCGCCUGCGAGCGAUCGGCCGGCACCGGCUGAGGGGAGGGAGGCCGCCCCGCUGCCGUCUGCCUCACAGCCCCGGGCCGGCCGGCCGGACCCGGCGCCGCCGGGGGGGAGAGGCGGGACCCUCCGGCCCUGGGGGGAGAGGCAGGACCCUGAGCCCGCAGCCUGAGAACGGCCGCCCCCAGCUCCAUGAAUGGAAAUCGGCAGCGCAGGACCCGUCGGGGCACAGCCCCUUCUCAUGGUGCCCAGACGUCCCGGCUAUGGCACCAUGGGCAAACCUAUUAAAUUGCUGGCCAACUGCUUCCAAGUUGAAAUCCCAAAGAUUGAUGUCUACCUCUAUGAGGUGGAUAUUAAACCAGAUAAGUGUCCUCGCAGGGUGAACAGGGAGGUGGUGGACUCCAUGGUGCAGCAUUUUAAAGUGACAAUAUUUGGGGACCGGAGACCAGUUUAUGAUGGGAAGAGAAGCCUUUAUACAGCCAAUCCACUCCCUGUAGCAACCACUGGGGUAGAUUUGGAUGUAACAUUACCAGGAGAAGGUGGAAAAGAUCGUCCCUUCAAGGUGUCAAUAAAGUUUGUUUCUCGGGUGAGCUGGCACUUGCUGCAUGAAGUUUUGACAGGAAGAACCUUGCCUGAGCCUCUGGAACUAGACAAACCAAUCAGCACUAACCCUGUUCAUGCUGUCGAUGUGGUGCUACGACACCUACCCUCCAUGAAGUAUACCCCUGUGGGCCGCUCCUUUUUCUCAGCUCCAGAGGGCUAUGAUCACCCGUUGGGAGGGGGCAGGGAAGUAUGGUUUGGAUUCCAUCAGUCUGUUCGGCCUGCUAUGUGGAAAAUGAUGCUUAAUAUUGAUGUUUCUGCCACUGCCUUCUACAAAGCACAACCUGUAAUUCAGUUCAUGUGUGAAGUUCUUGACAUUCAUAACAUUGAUGAACAACCAAGACCUCUGACUGAUUCUCAUCGGGUAAAAUUCACCAAAGAGAUAAAGGGUCUGAAGGUUGAAGUGACUCACUGUGGAACAAUGAGACGGAAAUACCGUGUUUGUAAUGUAACAAGGAGACCUGCCAGUCAUCAAACCUUCCCUUUACAGUUAGAAAACGGCCAGACAGUUGAGAGAACAGUAGCACAGUACUUCAGAGAGAAGUAUAACCUCCAGCUGAAAUAUCCUCAUCUUCCUUGUCUACAAGUGGGACAGGAGCAGAAACAUACCUACCUGCCUCUAGAAGUAUGUAACAUUGUGGCAGGCCAGCGAUGUAUCAAGAAGCUAACAGACAAUCAGACAUCAACCAUGAUCAAAGCAACAGCAAGAUCUGCCCCAGAUAGACAAGAGGAAAUUAGCAGAUUGGUAAGAAGUGCAAACUAUGAUGCAGAUCCAUUUGUUCAGGAGUUUCAGUUUAAAGUUCGGGAUGAGAUGGCCCAUGUGACAGGGCGCGUGCUUCCAGCUCCAAUGUUGCAGUAUGGAGGACGGAAUCGAACAGUGGCAACCCCAAGCCAUGGCGUAUGGGAUAUGCGAGGGAAACAGUUUCACACUGGUGUUGAGAUCAAAAUGUGGGCCAUAGCUUGCUUUGCAACGCAGAGACAAUGCAGAGAAGAAAUACUGAAGGGUUUUACAGAUCAGCUGCGCAAGAUUUCGAAGGAUGCAGGGAUGCCGAUCCAAGGCCAGCCAUGUUUUUGCAAAUAUGCACAGGGUGCGGACAGCGUGGAGCCAAUGUUCCGACACCUUAAAAACACCUACUCCGGACUCCAGCUCAUCAUUGUCAUCCUGCCAGGGAAAACACCUGUGUAUGCGGAGGUGAAACGUGUGGGAGAUACGCUGUUGGGGAUGGCCACGCAGUGCGUUCAAGUCAAGAAUGUCAUUAAAACAUCUCCUCAGACUCUCUCAAACCUGUGCCUAAAGAUUAAUGUUAAAUUAGGAGGAAUCAACAACAUUCUUGUACCUCAUCAACGACCUUCUGUGUUCCAACAACCGGUGAUCUUCUUGGGAGCAGAUGUCACUCAUCCGCCUGCUGGGGACGGAAAGAAGCCUUCCAUUGCUGCUGUUGUAGGUAGUAUGGAUGCUCAUCCAAGCAGAUAUUGUGCCACAGUGAGAGUUCAAAGACCUCGGCAGGAGAUUAUCCAAGAUUUGGCCUCCAUGGUAAGAGAACUUCUCAUCCAGUUCUACAAGUCAACACGAUUCAAACCCACACGUAUCAUCUUCUACAGGGAUGGGGUUUCUGAAGGACAAUUUCGACAGGUGUUGUAUUAUGAGCUGCUAGCAAUUAGAGAGGCUUGCAUCAGUCUGGAGAAAGAUUACCAGCCAGGAAUAACCUACAUCGUAGUACAGAAACGACAUCACACGCGAUUGUUCUGUGCGGACAGAACUGAAAGGGUUGGAAGAAGUGGCAACAUUCCAGCUGGAACAACUGUAGAUACAGAUAUUACACACCCAUAUGAGUUUGAUUUUUACCUCUGUAGUCAUGCUGGAAUACAGGGUACCAGCCGUCCCUCACACUAUCAUGUUUUGUGGGAUGAUAACUGUUUUACUGCAGAUGAACUUCAGCUGCUGACUUACCAGCUCUGCCACACAUAUGUGCGUUGCACACGAUCUGUUUCUAUACCUGCACCAGCGUAUUAUGCUCACCUGGUAGCAUUCAGAGCAAGAUACCAUCUUGUGGACAAAGAACAUGACAGUGCUGAAGGAAGCCAUGUUUCAGGACAAAGCAAUGGGAGAGACCCACAGGCCCUUGCUAAGGCUGUACAGAUUCACCAAGACACCUUACGCACCAUGUACUUCGCUUAAAUAAAUCAAUAAAAUCGGAGCAUACUCACCGAAAGGAAGAACUGAAAAAUUAAGCCACAUACAAUACACAAUGGGAUGAGCAUGACAACAGAACACGGCUUGCUGAACGUAUCGACAGUGUGAACAGAUGGAAGGAGAC